AUGCCCAACGUCAUUGUAAACUGCACGUUUAACCCACCGGCGUUCUCCAUCACUGGCACGCAGUUGCGCCAGGAGACCCUCGACAGCCUUGAAAAGGCCCUCCCACAAUGCACAACGACGAGCCAAAACAGCAUGGGCGCCGCGAAUGGCAACGCACCAAAGUUUAUGCUCGUCAACAGUCAGCCGAACACGUGGCGCAUGUCGAUUGGGCAGCACUAUUGCGAUCAGCGCGGUCGUUGCGUUGUCUUCUCGACGAUUAUCAGCACCCUUCAAACGGAGGGGUGGGCGCUGCGCACCACGGACUCACACGAGUCGGACAACGGGAAGGACAUCACACGCCUCUUCUUCUGGCGCUCAGGCUAA